AUGGAAGAUGACAGUGAACCUGAGCAAAGCUCCUGGGCCUACCUACCUGAUGUCUGUCUGAGGCUUGUCUUCCAUUGGUUAGAUGACAGGGACAGAUCUCGGGCUGCCUUGGUCUGUAAAAAAUGGAGUUGCGCCAUGCACUCUGGAUCUCUCUGGAGAUGCAGAACCAUCACCUUCUAUGGCCAACCAUCAAGGGCACGCACAUUGGAGUUUCAAAGUGCACUGUGGUAUACCAAGAAAUUUGGCAAGUAUUUGAAGCACCUUGAGAUCAAGUUAUCGAAUCCUUACAAUACUCCCUUUAUCAAAAAAUUCCAAGUGAUUAUGAGAGGUCUUCUUUCACACCUGGGUAAGUGUAAUAGUCACCUAGUAUCCCUAAGCAUCAAGUACCUAGAAUUAGACUGCUUGAUCUGGAAAAAUGUGGUUAGGGCUCAGUUUAUCAAGAAUUUAGCUGCCUUCCUGAAAAAAAUGAGCAAUCAACUUGAUUAUCUUAACUUGAAAGGAGCAAGAAUAACUUUGGAAGAAGGCUGUGAGCUUCUGAAUUCUCUAAGCAGUUUGACAAAUAGAAGCUUCAUAUCUGAAAUCAAUAUUGAGGAUUUCUUCAGUCUCCACCUUUCUGUCUACAGCAGUGCCUUGUUCCACCAAACUAUGUCUAAGUUCCACAGGCUGACCAUCCUGACUUUCAAUUAUAACUGCAUCUCUGAUGAACUGCUGGACAUCCUGCGGGAGCGCAGCUCUCAUUCCCUGUGCACCUUGAAUAUCAAGUGUCAUAUCCAUGACCCUCACGGGCAAGUGGUCUCAGGAAUGUCAUGGGCAAACUUAGCCAAGAGAGCCCCAAAACUGAAUGUGAACUUCUUCUUUGAAAGAGUCAUGAAGCAUGAUCACCUAGCUAGGAUUCUGCUAGAGGAGAUCCCAGUUAGGAGCAUCAGCCUACGGAGCUGUUAUUUUAGUGACCCAGACUGGACAAUGAGACCUACCCUCACCAACCUUCUCCCAGCUUACUGGCAUGGUCUGCAGAAAUUAACACUUGAAUUAAACAAUGACCAUGAGUUGCUGGACAAUGAGCUGCUACAGCUUAUCUUAUCAUGCAAGAGGUUGUUAUUUCUGAAAGUCUGGGCAUUUCUAAGUGUCAGCUUUAUGGAGAGACUUCUACAAAACCGUGCAGAAAGGAAAUGCAUUUUGACUACCAUAAAGGUCAGGAUUUACACAGCCCAAGACGACAGCACUGAGGAGGAGCGGCUGCUGGCUGAUAUUUACAGGAAAUUCAAGUACCUGAUUGACUCAGAACUUAAUUAUUUUGUCAUCACCUAUCCAAUGGUGUAAACUACAGGAAGAGAAGAACACCCAGUAACAUCUGCAUUAAGGGGUCCUUUGGAGCGCUUCACUAAGGGAUUUGAAUUUUGACAGCAGUGCCUCCAAAAGGGAGUUACCAUUCCAGCAAGAGAGA